CCGACAUUGACAGUGAGUGGCGGCAUUCAGAACGGUUAACAUGUGGCGCUCGGUCGGUUCGUCGUAAAGACGCUUCGGUUCCUCUUUCCGGUUCACUAUAUCUGUAAUAGUUGCCUACAUUCGGGCGAAUGUUGUUUUAUUCCUAUUUUCCGGUCGCGAGUGACGUAUCCCGGUGCCCCCUUUUUUGGAUUACGGCGGUAGAUCAUCGGUUGGAGACCAUGUAAAACUGUGUGAAAAAAAAACUGUCAGUUGAUUCAGGGAAUUUUGGGCUCCGCUUGAGGUUGAAAGUUCAGGUGCAAGGAUAGUGCGCUAGACAAACAUUCGUUUUUCCGUGUGAUUAAUGGCAGACAUGCAUUGUUUGGAUCAAAACCACGCCCGUUGAUAAUAAAGAUGAUGAGGAUAAUUUUUGUUUUGACCACCAUCGUGACCACGACCACGCAUUCGCCACCAAUCGGACAUUAUCUUGUCGCGUGGCACGAAAUAAUGGGCCCAAUUCUAUAGGCCAUGUCAUCUACCAGAUCGACUAACAUGACUCUGAGGACAAAUGCACAUAAACCCGGCUAAUUAGGCUUGUUUGAGGGGUUCGAGUUGGCUCAUCACUCGUUGAUGGAAACUUGCAUCGAGGAACAACACACAACAUGAUUCCGGACAUAUUUUUAGAUCCAUGUGGUGCGAUAAGUGCAAACCGAGAUUGGGUUACCUGGUUUUAUGGCUGUGCCAAUCGAAGGAAGACCACCUAGUCAUGAUUGACAAUUUGAGCGGGAUUUAUUGAUUUUCAAGCGGAAGUCCGGGAUUGCACUCUACAUGAUUGGUGCGGUUGGCAGACUGACAUGAUGGAAUCAUUCCUAUGGACCAUGUGUUGAUGAUCCUAACAUGAGAAAUAUGUUUGCAUUCGAUUACGAGAUAUUUUUUCAAAUAAUUUUCGAAGUUCAAAAGUUUCAAAGUAUGGAGACUACAGAGAAUAUGUUUAUCAAUAAACGAUGAUGAAUUUUGGUGAUAGAAUUAACGUUACUAAGUGAAAAUACAAAAAAAAAAAACCAUCAGCAUUUGAACUGAUCGAAAACCCCUCAAGGAAUCGUUUUAACUAGUGCAUAGUUUUCCGAGAUUUAUUAUAUGUGACUUCUAGUGAUCAAAUAUUAUAGUGAUACGAAUGGAUAAUGGGUAUUUGUUUGGAUACAGACAAAAGCAACACCACACAGGAGGUGGAGGAGUCAGACUGGAAAGGCGGCGGCGGAAGAGGCGACGCGUCCCGUUUGGCCAUCGUUCGUUCCCCGACGCUCGGGGCCGGAGGCAGUCCGAUCAACGGCGGAGGCGGCGCCGGCGGCAUGCACAACACCGGCAAAGUCAAGUUCGACCCGCCGAAGGUUCCGGUCAUCUUCGUGCUCGGCGGACCCGGUAGUGGUAAAGUGACCCACUGCGAUACCCUGAUGCAGGAACGCCGUGGGGUCACCCACAUCAACAUGAUGGACCUGCUGCAGCAGUACGCGAUGGGAAAUGUGCUUUUCAGUAUCAAAAAAGUUAUAUUCAAAACUGAUGCCAACCCUGCUCUUUGGUCGAAUACUCCAAGUACGCGCAGGUCGUCCUCGAGCAAUAUCCACGUCUCGUGCCCGACAUGUAUGUGUAGACUGGUCCGACGUUCUGAAGCAGUAUCGAUGGCCCACUGGGCCGCUCCCAGCCGGGAGAACUUGGCUCGCUCACCCCGUAGCACUUGCUGA